AUGGACUAUCUGAGGGCUCGAGAUAAGCAACAUCUGGAUCUUGCCAACCCCUCUCGCCUCCCUCUCGCCUCCCUCUCGCUGGCUAUGCCGUACAAAGUAUCCCGAGCAUGUCUUGUUUGGAGCAAUCCAAUCAAGGAACGUCACCGUGGGGCCGGCCAGCCGUUUGACGUCAUGGAGUAA